AUGAUGGGGGACGUCGAUAAAUGGAUAGAAAUAGCGAAAAGGUGUAAAUAUCUACCUGAAGACGAUCUCCGUGAACUGUGUAAUAUUGUUUGUGACUUAUUGCUUGAAGAACCGAAUGUUCAACCGGUACAAACACCUGUAACGGUGUGUGGAGAUAUUCAUGGUCAGUUUUAUGAUUUAGAAGAACUUUUUCACAUAGGAGGACAAGUACCAGACACUAAAUAUAUAUUUAUGGGAGACUAUGUAGAUCGUGGAUAUUAUAGUCUUGAAACACUUACACUUCUUAUGGCACUAAAAGCUAGAUACCCUGAAAGGAUAAUUUUACUUAGAGGUAACCAUGAAACAUGUCAAAUAACUAAAGUUUAUGGUUUCUAUGAUGAGUGUCUAAACAAAUAUGGAAAUGCAAAUGCCUGGAAGGAUUGCUGUAGAGUGUUUGACCUGCUCACAGUUGCAGCGUUAAUAGAUGAGACAGUUCUUUGUGUUCAUGGUGGAUUAUCUCCAGAGAUAUCUAUGUUAGAUCAAAUAAGAUGUAUAGACAGAAAUCAGCAAAUUCCACACAAGGGUGCCUUCUGUGAUUUAUUAUGGUCUGAUCCAGCAGAUGUCAAGAUGUGGUCUGUCAGUCCAAGAGGAGCUGGAUGGCUAUUUGGAAGUUAUGUAACAAAUCUGUUUAUGAGUUACAAUAAUUUAAGCUUGAUAUGUCGAGCACAUCAACUUGUGAAUGAAGGUUAUAAAUACAUGUUUGAUAAAAGACUAGUUACCGUUUGGUCUGCACCAAACUAUUGCUAUAGAUGUGGUAAUGUAGCUUCGAUAAUGGAAUUUAAAACAGUUAAUGAAAGGAAUGCCAAGAUUUUUCAUGCAGUGCCUGAUAGUGAGAGAGAAGUUCCUCCACAACACACAACACCAUAUUUUCUA